CCCCGCCAUGGCCACUGCGGUGGACAGCUUCGCGCUGCUCUGGAGGGAGCUGUGCGGCUCGCUGUCUCCCUACCAGGAGGCGCUGGCGCUGCUGGGCGCCCUCUGCGCGGGCGCGUGCGGCGCGCGCGCGCUGCGCGCACUCGUGGGCGCCGCGCGCGUGCACGUGGGGACACGCCUACCCCUCCUCCACCUCCUGGCGCCCCCACGCUCGCUCGCAGCCUCGCACGGAGCCUGGGCUGUGGUCACCGGUCCCACGGCCGGCAUUGGCCGUGCGUACGCCCGCGAGCUGGCGCGCCGCGGGCUCGGCGUGGUGCUGGUGGGGCGCGACGCGGCCCGCCUGGGCACCUUUGCCGAGGAGCUCCGUGGAGACUUCCCCGUGCGGACCCUCGAGAUCGUGGCCGACUUCAGCCGCGGCCCCGCGGCCUACGGGGAUAUCGCACGCGCACUCGAGGGGAUGGACGUGGGUGUGUUGGUGAACAACGUGGGUGUGAUGCCGGUGGUGCCGGGCCCGUUCCUGACGGCGGGCGAGGAGCACCUGUGGGAGCUGGUGAACGUGAACGUGGCGGCCGCGAUGCUCAUGACGCGCCUGCUGCUGCCCGGCAUGCUGCAGCGAGGCCGCGGGGCCGUGGUGAACAUCUCCUCGGGCAGCUGCCUCCGCCCCGUGCCCUACAUGGCCGCCUAUGCCGCCACUAAGGCCUUUGUGGACAGCUGGAGCUGCGCCCUGAGCCGGGAGUGCUCCGGCAGCGGCGUCGCCGUGCAGACGCUCAUCCCCUUCUACGUGGCCACGCGGAUGACCGCGCCCGGCCGCUACUUACGCCGGCCCUGGCUGUUCGUGCCCUCGGCGGAGGAGUACGCGCGUCACGCCGUCGCCACGCUGGGCGUCGCGCGACGCACCACGGGUUACUGGCCGCACACUCUGCAGAUGUGGUUCACUCAACUGAUGCCGGAGUGGCUGUGGGCGUGGCUUGCGAUGCACAUCAACAUCCACCUCUGGAAGCCGUGAAGACAAGGGCGGGAUCCGGAACAAUGACACCACCACCACUCGGAAUCAGAAUCCUUAGAGUGCAGGAGGAACCCAAUGAGCUAUGAAUGUAUGAUAUCCACUCCGCUUUUAGUCUUGGGAAUGUUACACUGGUCAACACACUUUUUCUGGCAUAAGGUAAACAAUAGGUUUUAAUUUUGGGGUGCUGAUUCCAAAUCUGGCAUCAGUUUUUGUCUAUCACAUCAGGUUUUUGAGAUAUCAAUAUUGCAUUUUCAAUAAAAACUGCAGAAGAAAAAUAUUAAAUAAAUGUGGAUAUCUACAUAAAAUGAUAUUAUAAACACACUAUCCUAAAAAUACAGCACCAUUUUUUAACACUAAAGCAGUCACUGACUCGCAACAACUUGCAAUCAUAAGUGACAGAGUUAAUUUCGGGUAAAAUCAAUGAAAAUGGGGUAUGCCGAUAGCAUAAAAAUGAGAUUUGAUAGGGCAAAUCUGAGAUCAGAGUUGGAAUCGGCACCCUGAAAUUAGUCUAGAACAGCUGCAAAAGUCCAGGCCAGAAAAAAAUGUUUUUUUGUUGUUGACCAGUGUUAGUCUUGGCCAUAUUCCAUCACCUCUUCUAUCCGUGACGCGUCCUGCCGAAGCCCACUGACCUCUUUUUUUUUCUUCUUCUAUACAACGUUUAUUUUAUAAGAAUCAAACCUUGCAGUCCUUCGCAAGGUAUCACGUUUUGGGGAGUUGAGACCUCUGAGGGCAGGUUGGAUCCAUCACCCCGUGCAUGGCGAUGAUCGUGUCUACCACCACCCACUGGCUUUCCUUAACCUAGAUUUGAAGCUUUCGUGACUGCAAGGAUUCAUAUUCUUAGUUCUUUCGGUAAAGUUACGUAGGUAAAAAAUGAAAUUAAAAUUAAUAAAAAAUAAAAUCACGACGUUUUGGAGGCAACACAAGCUUCCGUCUUCAGGUGAAA